AUGUGGGUGAUUGAUUCUGGAGAAAAUGAGAAGAAAGCACCUUCGGUUUCAUACCAGACUAGCCUUUCUUACCAUAGUUCUGCUGUGAAUGCGCUCCGGUUCUCUCCUUCAGGAGAACAUUUGGCUUCUGGUGCAGAUGGUGGUGAGCUCAUCAUCUGGAAGCAUCAUUCUUCAGAUGGCAGCAAAACGUGGAAAGUCCUAAAGACAUUAUCAUUUCACCGUAAGGAUGUAUUGGACUUGGAGUGGUCUACUGAUGGUUCUUUUCUAAUAUCUGGUUCUGUUGAUAAUUCAUGCAUCAUAUGGGAUGUCAACAAAGGUUCAGUUCAUCAGAUAUUGGAUGCUCAUUUGCACUAUGUGCAGGGUGUGGCAUGGGAUCCAUUGUCCAAGUAUGCUGCCUCACUUAGUUCAGAUAGAUCUUGCCGGAUUUAUAUCAACAGACCAUCUAAAACAAAAGGAGUUGAGAAGUUGAAUUUUGUGUGUCAACAUGUCAUUAUGAAGGUUGAACCACAACAGCCGGAUGAGUCCAAGUCUACUAAAAAUCAUCUCUUUCUUGAUGAGACACUACCAUCUUUCUUCAGAAGAUUAUCUUGGUCCCCUGAUGGUUCCUUUCUGCUUGUACCUGCAGGUUCUUACAAGUUUACACCUGCUUCAGAACCAUCGAACACUGCUUAUGUGUUUUCCAGAAAAGAUCUCUCAAGGCCAGCUUUAAUGCUCCCAGGUGCCAGCAAACCUGUUGUUGCAGUACGCUUUUGCCCCAUGACUUUUAGCUUGAGAGGAUCAAGCAAUUCCUCAUUCUUCAAGCUCCCUUAUCGUCUUAUUUUUGCUGUGGUUACAUUGAAUUCUUUGUACAUCUAUGACACGGAAAGCGUACAACCAAUAGCAAUCGUAGCUGGUCUUCAUUACGCAGCUGUAACAGACAUAGCAUGGUCGGCUACUGGGAAAUAUCUGGCUUUGUCCUCCCAAGAUGGUUACUGCACUCUGCUAGAAUUUGAGAAUGAUGAACUAGGAUCCACUUUAUGUAGCCCAGAGAAAGAAAUUGCUGGAGGUGAUAGAAAUAUUGAGCAGAAACAGGCGGAAAAUGUUCCGGAAACUAUUAGCAGUGAUAAGUCCAUGGAUAUGGAUAAUGGAAAAGCAGAAGAGAAAACAGAGCUGAAACAAGAACCAAUAAUAUCAACUCCACAAAUUCCUAAUAAACCUACCAGAAAAAGGAUCACACCAAUGGCCAUUGAUUAAUUUUGGUAGUUCUCUGAAAGUCUAGUUUGCUCUUUUUGUUCCAUUUUUUUUAAGGGGCUCGGAAGUGUUGGGGGAAAAUUUGGACAACUUCUCAUGUAUAUAUGUACACCAGUAAUAUUGUCAGCCGAAUCAUUUGCCUAUUGUUUA